AUAGAAUUGUAAUCAUUUGUAUAUGGCAACCUAAAUUUAUUCGCUGUCAAAAUGGCACGUCAGCAAGAUGAUGUCGAUGAAUUAUUUGAUGUUAAAAGUGCAUUUUAUGUUGGAAAUUACCAACAAGCCAUCAAUGAGGCACAAAACGUAUCUCCAUCUACGCCCCUAAUAGCUCUGCAGAGGGAUGCCUUCCUGUACCGCUCGUAUAUUGCGCAAGGCAACUACAGGAUCGUGCUGCAAGAGCUGAAGUCCGCAGACCCUAUGCUGCAGCCGUUGAAGAGUUUGGUGGAUUAUCUGUCUCCGGGCGCUAACAAAUUGGCUGUUGUGGCUGAUAUUGAUGCUAGAGUGCAGAAGGGAACAGAGCUGGUCAACGAAGUGUUCCUGAUUGUAGCGGCCACCAUUUACUACCAUGAGGAGAACUAUGAGGCUGCUCUUAAGAUUCUCCGGGCCGAGGCCAUUGAACUUCGCGCAUUCACACUGCAGUGUUUGCUUGCUAUGAACAGACAAGACCUCGGCAAGAAGCACCUUGCUACUAUACAAGCUGUUGAUGAUGAUAGCACACUGGUUCAGUUGGCACAGGCUUGGCUUAAUCUUUCUCAGGGUGGACCAGGAGUUCAGGACGCGCACUACAGCAUCAUGGAGCUGUCGGAGCGCCUCGGAGCCCUCGGUGCGGGUCCAGCUGCCGUCGGCGCCGCCGCUGCAGCUUCCAGAGGCAUGUGGGAGGAGGCGGAGCAGAUGCUGAGCGAGGCUCAAGCGCGCGCGCCGCAGCAGCCAGACUUGCUGCUCGGACUUGCAGUUGCUGCCAGGCACACGCCCAAACCACCUGAAGUGGCUUCUCGCUACAUAGCCCAGCUGUUGGACAGCCACCCUGAGCACCCGUUCACGAAGGACUACAACGCGAAGACCAACGAGUUCCGCCGUCUGGCCGCGCAGUACCAACCUUCUGUGGCGAGCUAAAUACCUUAUGAGUAUUGAGACAGAGUUGUAUUCUUGUUUAUUCAUAGAUUAUAUCAUUAUUUACUACUUAAA